AUGCCGGGUAAGAGAGGCACCACUACCUUGCUCGAUCACCUUCCCGAGGACAUCAUCGACAGGAUACUCAUCCGGCUGCCGCCCAAGGACGUCGGCCGCUGCCGAGCCGUCUGCACACUGUGGAGCAGUGUCACCUCCACGCCUGAAUUUAUGUCCGAACAUCAUCGCAGCCAGCCAUCGCUCCCCAUCAUCGACGGGGACGGGCGGCCAGCCAGCCUUGUCGUCGUCCGCGGUGCCGGUGCGAGAACCACCAACCAACAACUCUGGCCUUUUGUACCAGGUUUCAAACACCGUGAUGUGAUUUUUCUUCAAGGCACCUGUGAUGGUUUCAUCAUCGUCACCGGGAGAUUGAGACGUCAAUUCUACAUCUGCAAUCCAGUCCUUCGCCAGCAUGCUCUCCUACCGCAGCCUCCAUUUGGCCCACUCAUCCAGAACUACGUAAUUGGUUUCUACAUGCACUGUCCAACUAAAGAAUACAGGGUGCUCUGGGUCUCGAAAGGCGUUUUUGAAUUCAGUUUAUACGUCCUCAUAGUUGGAUCUGACAAGCCGAGGCACAUCAGAGUCAGAAUGCCAACAGUCUCCUCGGUUUCCAUGGAAUGGAAGUUACUGGAGAUGCUGCUCCGUUCAGCGCCAGUUCAGCACCAGGGCAAUCUUUAUUGGCGUCCUCCUUACCCUUAUGAUGCCACGCAGAUUACAGGAGAUGGUGAAGACAUUAUUGUAUUUGACACAGAAGUUGAAUCAUUCCGAUGGAUGCCUAGUCCGGCCCAACCGAAUCAUUCCGAUACGUACCAUGCUGGACAGUUGUUCGACUUGAAGGGGGUGCUUGCUUUCUCGGGAUUUUUGUUCAAAAACAACACCACUCUGGAUGUCUGGAUGAUGCAGGAUUAUGAGGCCGAAAUUUGGACCUUUAAGUACCGGAUUGACCUAACGAAGGUGGAGGCAUCACAAAAAUUGAAAUUAACUUCUCUCAAAAGGAAGAGUAUGUCACCACUUGAUACAGUGAUGGUACGGUUCAAUGAAAUGGCUGUGCUCAACGAGCAUGAACUUUUGAUCCAGUUUAAUCAUAAACACGUGUUACACUGCGAUAUUGAUGGCAAGUUCUUAGGAAUGGUAAAGAUUGGAAAGAGACAAUAUCGAAUGGCUCUUACUGGUUAUUGCCUCCAAGAGAGCAUAAUUCCAAUUCCGUCUCAUGAGAUGCUACAAGAAGACCAGGACCCUCCGUUCUUCACAAGCCAUGGCUGA